ACCCGCCCCCUCUGUGAUUCACGGUGUGGCCCGUUUGCAGGUUUCCCGACACAUCAUCUCUCCGCCUGGCACCGACCGGACCCGCGAUUUAAAAAAAACCACAAAUAUAUUUAAAAACAACAACCUGAAAACAUAUGGAAAUAGCGAGAAAGCAGGGGGACAGCUCUCACCGACAGCGACACGCGCUCCUCUCCUCCCCCCCUCCCCCUCUUCCUCCUCCUCUUCUUAUGAGUUGUUGAAGAAGGGAGGGCAGGGCAGCUCGUGCAUCUCAUCGUCUUCCUCAUCUGGCGUCGGAGGGCACAAGCCGUGUGCGCGAGCCAUGACUCUGAGCUCAGAGAUGUCGGAUGCCUCCAUCCUUUCGGAAGAGACCGACAUAGACGUGGUGGGCGAGGGGGAGGAUGGAGACGGCCACACGCGCUCCUACGUGGACGAGGUGGCGGAGAUGCGCGACGGCAUCCUGCUGUCCGGCUCCCCUCCUCCGUGCCUGGACGGCUCCACCUCCCCGAGGGACAGCUACAAGCCGGCGGGCAAGAACACGCUGGUGAAGCCCCCUUACUCCUACAUCGCCUUGAUCACCAUGUCCAUCCUGCAGAGCCCCAAGAAGAGGCUCACUCUCAGCGAGAUCUGCGAGUUCAUCAGCAGCAGAUUCCCGUACUACCGGGAGAAGUUCCCGGCGUGGCAGAACUCCAUCCGGCACAACUUGUCCCUGAACGACUGCUUCGUGAAGAUCCCCCGGGAGCCCGGGAACCCGGAGGGCAACUACUGGACCUUGGACCCGGAGUCGGCCGACAUGUUUGACAACGGGAGCUUCCUGCGCCGGAGGAAGCGCUUCAAGCGGCAGCAGGCGCAGGACUUGCUGCGGGAACACAACAGUUUUCUCCCCGCCGCGUACGGCUACGGACCGUACGGCUGCGGGGGAUACGGCAUCCAGCUGCAGUCCUACCACACGCACUCUGCACUUUUCGCGUUCCAGCAGCAGCAGCAGCAGCAGCACUCCUCCCGGCAUUCGCACGCGCACACGGGGACCGUUAUCCCCGCCGCGCCGUCUUUGAUGCCCACCAGCACGGACUUAGCCCGGAGUCGGUUCUAUCCCCAGCUCAGCUCCAGUCUGGGCUCAGCCAGCGCGCAGGCUGCGGCCCCGGUGCAGAAGUCCUCCAGCUCCCCGGUGCAGCGGUCUCCCUUCUCCAUAGAGAGUAUCAUCGGGGGGUCGCUGAGCCCCUCCAGGACUUCCCCCGCCGUUAUCCCGGUGUUACCGUCCUCUUUGGGGCCUCCGGGGGCCGGCCGGCCUCAGAGCGUCCACCCCGGAGCCGUUUUACACCCGGUAGAAAACUUUCCGAGCAGGGUGAGCGGCACGAGCGACUUUAAAAUGUCUUAACAUGAAACUUUUUUUUUCCUUCUCCAAAAAAACUAAAACAAAACAGCAACAAAACAAACAAAAAACGCCCUCUCUGAAGGUAGGAUUAUGUUUGUCUAUUUGUUUGCUAGCACGCAGCUGAAUGAUGGACAUCACAAAACAAACACUAUUUGUGCCUAUAUAUUCAUGCUGUUUAAAACACAAUAUCUAUUUAUGUUCAUUUCUUUCGGUGUGAAUCAGACUGUUGACCACGAACUUUCUCGUAUUGUUACCAUGAAGUAAUUCGUGUCACUGUUUAGGGCGUCUCAGGAUAACGACUUAAUGGGCAGGUUAUAAAUGAUCACAUGUUUUGAAAAAAAACGCUUAAUAAUGUAUUUGUGUCAAACACGUGUUUUUUUCUUUUUUUUCUUAUUAGAUUGGCAAAUCAAAACCUUUUUUAAUGGUUUUGAUUUGAAUUUUGUAUAAAAGAAAACCCCACAGAGAG